AUGGGGCUGACAUUCACGAAGCUUUUCAGUCGGCUUUUCGCCAAGAAGGAAAUGCGAAUUCUGAUGGUUGGUCUGGAUGCUGCUGGUAAGACCACUAUCCUCUACAAGCUCAAGCUCGGAGAGAUCGUUACAACAAUUCCUACCAUUGGGUUCAAUGUUGAGACCGUAGAAUACAAGAACAUUAGCUUCACUGUUUGGGAUGUUGGUGGCCAGGACAAGAUUCGUCCGUUGUGGAGGCAUUACUUCCAGAACACUCAGGGUCUUAUUUUUGUUGUAGACAGCAAUGAUAGGGACAGAGUUGUUGAGGCCAGAGAUGAGUUACAUAGGAUGUUGAAUGAGGAUGAACUGAGAGAAGCAGUAUUGCUUGUGUUUGCCAACAAACAAGAUCUUCCUAAUGCAAUGAAUGCUGCUGAAAUUACCGACAAGUUGGGUCUCCACUCUCUCAGACAGCGCCACUGGUACAUUCAGAGCACCUGUGCAACAUCUGGGGAGGGCCUUUAUGAAGGUCUGGACUGGCUUUCCAACAACAUCGCCAAUAAGAAAAACCUUGUCGGUACAAAUUACAUUCCACGAGAAAGUAGGCGAACUAAGAAGCUGUUUCCACGUAGAGUUGAAGCUGGGACAAGUUCCAGAAACAAGGGCCGAAAGGAAUAUAUAUACACAAGCCCAGUUGAGGACUGGAAGUCCCACACCAUGAAAAAGGAGACUAGCAAUAUGGGUUCGCCACUUGUUGAUAUACUGGCAUGGAAGCGAGCAACGAGAAGACAUCAAGAAGGUAAAAAAUGGUCGGACGUUUACAACUACGACUCCCUCGAUUCUUAA